ACUAGUUCUCCUGGUUCCACUGACUCUGCUGGUAUUACUAGUUCUCCUGGUUCCACUGACUCUCCUGGUUCCACUGACUCUGCUGGUAUUACUAGUUCUCCUGGUUCCACUGACUCUCCUGGUAUUACUAGUUCUCCUGGUUCCACUGACUCUCCUGGUAUUACUAGUUCUCCUGGUUCCACUGACUCUCCUGGUUCCACUGACUCUGCUGGUAUUACUAGUUCUCCUGGUUCCACUGACUCUCCUGGUUCCACUCACUCUGCUGGUAUUUCUAGUUCUCCUGGUUCUACUGACUCUGCUGGUAUUACUAGUUCUCCUGGUUCUACUGACUCUGCUGGUAUUACUAGUUCUCCUGGUUCUACUGACUCUCCUGGUUCCACUGACUCUCCUGGUAUUACUAGUUCUCCUGGUUCUACUGACUCUCCUGGUUCCACUAGUUCUCCUGGUUCUACUGACUCUCCUGGUUCCACUGACUCUGCUGGUAUUACUAGUUCUCCUGGUUCCACUGACUCUCCUGGUUCCACUGACUCUGCUGGUAUUUCUAGUUCUCCUGGUUCUACUGACUCUGCUGGUAUUACUAGUUCUCCUGUUCCAAUGACUCUCCUGGUUCCACUGACUCUGCUGGUAUUUCUAGUUCUCCUGGUUCUACUGACUCUGCUGGUAUUACUAGUUCUCCUGGUUCCACUGACUCUGCUGGUAUUAGUAGUUCUCCUGGUUCCACUGACUCUGCUGGUAUUACUAGUUCUCCUGGUUCUACUGACUCUCCUGGUUCCACUGACUCUGCUGGUAUUACUAGUUCUCCUGGUUCUACUGACUCUGCUGGUAUUACUAGUUCUCAUGGUUCUACCGACUCUCCUGGUUCCACUGACUCUGCUGGUAUUACUAGUUCUCCUGGUUCCACUGACUGCUGGUUCCACUGACUCUACUGGUAUUACUAGUUCUCCUGGUUCCACUGACUCUGCUGGUAUUACUAGUUCUCCUGGUUCCACUGACUCUGCUGGUAUUACUAGUUCUCCUGGUUCUACUGACUCUGCUGGUAUUACUAGUUCUCCUGGUUCCACUGACUCUACUGGUAUUACUAGUUCUCCUG